AUGGCGUCAUCCCAAUCCUCCUUGUCGUCUAUUCGCCCUGAAGCUGGACCGGGCGAUGGGAAGUCCUUGCCUCCAGUCGACACCCUGAUCUCAUAUCUGCUCGGGGCCAAACGAUCUCUCGCUUCAAUCAACCAUGUCUGGCGGGCCAACGAAAUAGUUACGGCGUCACAUUCAUCCCUGGAGGAGAGUGUUAUCGUGUGUUCCCGGACAGGUUUCCUACGCCGGGGGCUCAAUAGCCAGCUUCGCCUGCUAUACGAUGUACGAACCGAGGUUGAGCAGAUAUCAUACCGAGGUCGUGAUGAAUUCUCCGUAGCAUUGAAGAAUCUUGAUGCUGCUGAUGCGCGGCUCAAGAGUACCCUGGAUUUUUUGCGUGGCACCAUUGUCCAUGCAUCAUUUAGACCUGAGGAUGAAGAGCAAAAAACCUUACAUGACUUUGUUGAUGAGCGGGGUGUUGAGGAGUUACAUGCUUCCUUGAAAGCCUCUAUCGACCGGACUAACACAGCACGAGCCGAGUUGGACACGUCUAAUCAUGAAUUCGAUGACGAGCUCGCCGCAACCAGGCAGUCGCUUCGUCACUAUCACACCGCCACUAAAUUGGCGUCAUCCCGUCUAUCGAUCACAUCUUCCUCUUCUUCUACGUCUGAUUCCGGACUCCUCACUUUGUCAUCAAUGCCGGGCCAGAUCCAAUCAUUAGAGGCCCACGCCCAAGAAAUGGCUGUUCUGCUGGAAUCAUUGGUUCGACAUUUCGAUCUUUGUGUGACCGCUGUGAAGCAUACCGAUGGCGGAGGCGCUGUCGCACGGUCCAUCACCGGCGAUAUGCCCACCGGCGUGGACGGCAGUAAUGAUGGGAUGCCCAACAUUGGGGCGGAAAUUAAUGCUCACCUCAACGCUCCCCUCGACCCAAUGACAGAUGCUGAAUACCAGGAAAUGGUCACUGUCUUGAUCAAGGAUGCCCCUGAAGCAGAAGAUGUGGUCAUUGAGAUCCAAGAUCGUAUCACUGAAAUGGAAUCUAUUUUUGAACAAGUCCAAACACAGCGAGAUGUGCUACUGUCCAUUUCCAAUGCAACUAUUGAAGUCCACGGCCAUCUCUCAUCUCUCGCUUCGAAUGGUCUACCCCGUUAUAUUUCCCAGGCACAUAAUUUCACCCGCGUGUGGCACGAGGAAAACGAUCGCAUUAACUCUGGCCUCGCAGAACUAUGUGACUUACACUCCUUGUACGACGGAUUCCUCAAUGCCUAUGAUAGCUUAAUGCUGGAGGUAGCGCGUCGGCGACAUGUUCGGCAACGCGUGGAAAAAGUAAUCCGAGAAACCCGGCACAAACUGGACUUGCUCCAUAAUGAAGAUGCAGCCGCUCGUGAUGCUUUCCGCGUGGACCAGGGUGAUUUUCUUCCCUCUGACAUAUGGCCUGGUGUAGGCCUAGCACCCAUGCAAGUACAAUUUCUUCGACUCGCGGGCGGACACCUUGAUGGUGAUCCUGUUGAAGACGACGUGCCUGAGGAGAAUGGGUAUAAGUCCUCGGGAGGUGUCAAGGCUGAAAUUCCACAAGGCUAUGCCGAAGGUGAACAUAUUCCCGAUUUGCCUCGAGAUCUCAUCGAGCAAGCUUAUGCCAGAGUCAAAUUGAGGAACAAAGCCGCUUCGCAAAUGCACGCCCCUUGA